AUCCCCAUCUCACGCCGACCGACUCCCUCUCUUCUCAACCCUUUUCACCGAUCUCAUCCAUUCUCCUCCGCCGAGCGCUCUCCGUCGUCGCGAUGGGGGGAGUCGCUGCUGAUGCAGGCGUUGAGCAAGCGGCGGACGUGGGUCUUCCUCUUCCUCGUCGUCUACUCCCUCCUCCUCUCCUCCUCCUGGAACCUCCUCCUCUCCAUCCGCUCCUGGUACAACUCGGCGGCCGCCUCCGCCUCCUCCCGCGCCACCGCCGGCUGGAAGGCCCUCUACGCCUCCGUGCUCUACGGAGGGGUCUUUGGCCUGCUCUCCAUGGGGGCGGCGCUGGCCGUGGCGGUGCCGGCCACGUUGGUCACCUGGAUCACGAUCCUCGUGCUACUCGCCCUCUUCAAGCUCCUCCUCCUUGCCUUCGGCCUCGGCCCCCUCUGCCCCUCCCUCCCCCUUCUCCCCUUCCUGUUCACCUCCUUCUUCCCUGUCAAGAUCCAAACCAAACCCAAGCCCAAACCUCCCAUCUCUUCAUCUUUAUCCACCCUUCACCGCCUCAUCACUGUCGUCAGGGUUCUCCUCUUGGCCACCAUCAUCUCCAGCUACCGCUAUAGUGAUAGAAUGCAUCCGUACCUCCUCCUCGCCAUCUACUGCUGCCACAUCUACCUGAUCCUAGAUCUCGGUCUCGCCUCCAUUGCCAAGAUCGCCACCGGUCUCCUUGGCCUCGAGCUGGAGCCCCAGUUCAACAACCCCUUAGGCGCCUCCUCCCUUCAGGACUUCUGGGGCCGCCGCUGGAACCUCAUGGUCUCUUCCAUCCUCCGCCCCUCCGUCUACGACCCCGUUCAAGCCCGCUGGGGGCUCGACGCCGGCAUCCUCGCCACCUUCUUCGUCUCCGGCCUCAUGCACGAGCUCAUGUUCUACUACCUCACCUUGGCACUUCCCACCGGGGAGGUUACCGCGUUCUUCGUCCUCCACGGGCUGCUCACGGUGGUGGAGAGGAAGGCCCGGAAGGCCGGCUAG